AUGAAGAAAGAUUACAAGUUGACUCAGAUGUACAUGCCCUUUUAUGCAGCUUGCAUAUCGGCUGCUUUAGGGUUCCUGUUCUUUUUCUUGUCGUUUUCUAGUCCUUAUUGGUUGCAGUCGUAUGAUCGUGUACAUAGUUCUUUUCUGCACAUGGGGAUAUGGUCUGUGUGUUUCGACAAAUUUGUGCAUCCACAAGAUUACCACGCUAAUGUAUUGACCGGGUGCUUUUGGGUAUAUGAUCGUUUUUUCUUCAAGAUUGGUAUAUGGCAGUGGCUAAAUCCAUACUGGUUGAUUGGUGUUCAAGUUUUAAUAACUAUAGCAUUUACGGCAAAAUGUUGCGUCAUUUUAAUCCUGGUCUUGUAUCACUUGUUGUUUGGUCAUCCAGCUGCUGAAUCAACCAUGGCUCUUGUUGGUGAGGUAUUCAUAGGAAUUCUUCUGACAAUAUGUAUUUUAGUAUUUGGUAUUAGCUCACAGAGUAGAGUAUGGAUGCCAAGACCCGAUCAAUAUUUUCUAUCAUGGUCAUUUGGUUUUAUUAUAUUAGCAGCUAUUUGUUCAUUUAUUUCAUCUGGUUUCUUGUAUUGUAUAAGUUAUACAGACAGAGCAGCUCAAGAAGAAGUUGAAAAAUUUGAAGCUGUUGAAACCAAUUAUGGUAUGCCAAGUGUUCUUUCCGGUCGAAUAGGCAGUGGUGGUUUAUAUAGUGGAGGGUUAAGUGGUAUUGGCGGUGCAGGUGGUGUUGUAGUUAAAGUUCCAUCAACUGGAGCUCGUCCUGAACAAGUGAUUGCAUUAGAUUCUGAUUUACGACCUAUGGAUACAGGACAUGAAAGUAUGAGUUUAUUCUCACCUAGUAUUGGAAUGUUAUCUAAUAAUCCUUAUCAUUAUAAAGGAAUAGAUAAACAACCCGUUAAUUUAAAUCAUCAACAUCAUAAUGAAUCCAACUCACCGACAUUUUCACCAGUUGAAAGUGAUCAACAUAGUCAAGAUACACCAUUAUAUGUAAAUCAUCCAACGACGACAAAAUAUAUGAAACAAUCAAACUAUUCGUCAUCGUCAGUAUCAUCUAAUAUGAAAUCUUAUUCACCAUUAGUCGGCGAAGAAGAAGAAGGAGAAGCAAAUCUUAGUAUGUUAUCCGAGAAUCCUGAUAGACGAAAUACAAUAAUCCAACGUGAUAAUACAUCACCUUCUCCUAUUAGACAUUCAUUACCAACAUCUCAAAGAGGUUACCAUAGCAAUACACGUUAUUCUCAUUAUUGA